AAAUUUGCAAAUCUUGUACUGUACAUUUAAUAUGUACUGCUUAGGUCUGAAACAGUACAACGGAGUACCUCUUGACGGGAAACCUAUGAGAAUCGAGAUCACAGGAUCAGAACGUGAACUGGCUCAGAACUCCUACCCUGCCCCCUUCAGACAGAUCGGCGGCGGUGUCGGGCAAAGACGCGGCGGAAGUGACCGGCGCGGCAGCAGCAGAGGAGGGCGUGGCAACGGAGGAGCGCGGGGCAGAGGCUCCAGUGCACCACGUGGAGCUAAGAAGGAGAAUGUCGUGGCUCCAUCCAAGGAGAAGCUGGACGAGGAGAUGGACGCGUACAUGAGUAACAAGGCGUAGUUCAGGAACAUACUCCUCAUCCUUCUUGAUAGUUUGCUGUUCGUUCUUCUAGAUGGUUGGUUGUUCGUCUUUCUAGAUAGUUGGUCAGUCGUCCUUCUAGAUAGUUGGUCAGUGUCCUUCUAGUAGUUGGUCGGUCGUCCUUCUAGAUAGUUGGUCAGUGUCCUUCUAGUAGUUGGUCGGUCGUCCUUCUAGAUAGUUGGUCGUUCGUCCUUCUAGAUAGUUGGUCGAUAGUCCUUCUAGAUAGUUGGUCGUUCGUCCUCCUUGAAUUGUACAGGAGAAUACUCUGUUUAAUGUUAUGCAUAUUAUUUUGUAUUCAGUCGCCACAGAUUUUUUAUCUAAUUUUUUAAACACCUGAGAGGGCGCUCUGAUGUUCACAUGUAAUUUGACCAAUAAAAUAAACUUCUUUUUUUCAUUUUAAUUCACGUUUGAAUUUGUUCUUUGCAUUUCCUAAAAAUGAAAAUUCUGAACUAAAAUAAGGUUACAGUUUGAACUUUUUUUCA